CCAAACACCCGAAAUGUCUCCGACCAAACCACACCACGAAUCCACCGUCAUCAACUACGCAAUCCGAUCCAGACUCCUAGUCAUCUCUCUCAUCAUCCUAUGGCGCACCCUCCUCAGCCCCUACGACACCUCGGCGUCCAUCAACCCAACUUGCCUAUCUCAACAACAUCCCAACGUUGUUGUUGUCGAAGAUGAUCAACAAUCCCAGGAACAUGUCCUGUUCCCUAAACUCGCCUCGGCUGUCGAGUCCAGCAUUGUUUGGGACAGCGUCUACUUUGUUCGGAUCGCGCAAUGUGGUUACGAGUACGAACAGUCCUAUGCUUUCUUCCCGCUCCUCCCUCUCUGCAUUUCGUUGUUGUCUCGCAAAGUUUUGGCGCCGUUGAUUCCGGUUAUUGGGCAUAGAGCUGUGUUGGGGUUAUCAGGCUAUGUGAUCAAUAACGUUGCCUUUGUUUUUGCGGCUCUUUACUUGUACAGGCUCUCAGUUAUAAUUUUGAAGGACCAUGAAGCAGCUCUGAGGGCUUCAAUCUUGUUUUGCUUCAAUCCAGCCUCCAUAUUCUAUUCAUCAAUAUAUUCCGAGACUUUGUUCGCUCUAUUUUCAAUUGGAGGAUUGUACCAUCUAAUGUCUGGAAAGAAUGCUAUUGCUGUCCUUUGGCUUGCUCUUUCUGGUUUUUCAAGGUCCAAUGGAAUGCUGAAUGCUGGUUAUUUCUGUUUUCAGACUAUGCAUCAGGCUUACGAUGCUGUUUUCUUGAGAAAGCGUGCUUUUUUGGCAGUGCAGGUUCUUGUUGGUGGAGCUCUCCGUUGUAUAUGCAUUUUUGCUCCAUUUGUUGCAUUUCAGGCAUACGGAUACCACAAUAUCUGUCUUAGGCAUUUUCCAAAUGAAGUGAGCCCCUGGUGCAAAGCAAGAGUACCUAUGCUGUAUAAUUAUAUUCAAAAUCAUUACUGGGGAGUAGGUUUUUUGAAAUACUUCCAAGUUAAGCAGUUGCCAAACUUUCUACUGGCAUCGCCAAUAUUGUCAUUGGCACUCUGCUCAAUUGUCCAUUAUGCGAAGUCAAAUCCCAAAAACUUCUACUCGUUAGGCUUCCAUGCUCCUACUGAGGACAAAAAUGCUGCUGCUGUGCUUUUUACUUUGAGUCAUGAAUAUCGCAAUCUAAAAGCAAAAAAGCAAGUAAUUAAAGCUCCGGCUCUACCCCGAGAAGAAUCUAAAUCAUCUGCAAAUCAAGGAUACUUGUCUGCUGCUGCUCUCCCAUAUAUUUUCCAUUUGGGAUUUAUGGCAGCCACCGCAUUUUUUGUCAUGCAUGUGCAGGUUGCGACUCGCUUCCUAUCUUUCAGUCCUCCUCUCUAUUGGUUUGCUUCGUAUAUAAUGAGAUCUCCUGGUAUUUAUAAGAGAUGGGGAUAUGUGAUUUGGGCAUACUCCGCUGCGUACAUUCUUCUGGGUAGUUUGCUCUUUUCAAACUUCUAUCCCUUUACUUAAUCACGUCUGCAGAAAAGAAAGAAAUUAUAGAGAGCUGCCCCUUGGGCGACCAACACUAGAACAAUCAAGCAUCAAGGACGGGUUGGCCUGAGGAGGGAUGCCAUUCCACCUUCUUGAAUCAUCAAUGGAGAGGCCAAUAUCAGCAAUAGAGUCGGAAGGGAUGUGGUGGUUGCCUUGGGGGAGUAGUUAGCCACUAAUGUUGCUAUUAUUUGAUUAUUUGGAACUAGUUGAGAGACUCACUUGUAGUUUGUGAAAUAUACUUAACCAGCUGGAGUGAGGUUUAAGAUUUGGUACAUGUUUUGGCCAUAUUGCAAUGUUGUAUUUUUCAUUCCACUCUCCAUGUGUGUUACCGA